GCUAUACCAGACACGGGACUGCGAUCUGCGUUGCAAAACUGGGCCGAGAAGAUGAACGGGCACGUCCAGGAGUUGAAGAGCAUUCUGAGCACCGCCCGCGGUGGUGAAGAUCCAGCAGCGGCUGGACGUGAGGAUGCGCACGAGCGCAUGGACGAGGAGCCGGAUCGUGUCGAGAGGGAAUCGGUGACGGAAGAGGAGCUACAGGGCGUCC